UCUUGAAGGCAAGUCCUCUGUAUUUUUAUUCAAUUGAUGUGACAUACUUGAUUUUGGUUAUUCUUUUAGUUCACAGAACACUUGUGAAUUAGGUAAAUGCAUUUUCUUUCAAAUAUAUAUUAGUACAGAAAUGUUCAGGUGUUUAAAAUUAAAUGACAUGAUAAAAUGAUAGUUACACAGUUUAACCAUUGAAAUACCCAAGCAACUAUAGAAAAUAGAAAAUUCAGAACACCUUUGUGGAACCUGAACAACUCCAAAGAGCUUCAAGCAAAUGGACUGCGUCCAACAUAUUGACUCAGCAAAAGUCAAUGAAGGAGACAAAACGGACGUAGAGCUACAAAAUCAAAGGGACAAAUUCAUAGAGGGACAAAGACUCCUCACCGAUGAGCAGCCGUGGAAACCAUGGAAACGGUCCCGCUCCUGGGUAAAAGACUUUCUUGUGAGGGUCAGAUGUGUCAUGGGUUCCCUGAUGGGUAUGGAGUGGUACUGUUUCGCUGCUCUCGGGAUUCUGACCGCCUUCCUUAGUUUUCUCAUGGACCUGAGUGUGGCAAAGCUGCUUCGAGCUCACCAGUGGUUGUAUAGUCAGUUGGAGGGCCACUGUCUCCUGCAGUUCCUGUGCUGGACCCUGUACCCAGUCUCACUCUCUGCUCUAUCCACAUCUUUCUCUCAAAGCAUCUGUCCAUUCUCAGCAGGUUCUGGGGUUCCAGAGGUGAGGACCAUUCUGUCUGGUGUGGACAUGCCACAUUACCUGUCCCUCACCAACCUAUUUGCCAAAUACGUGGGUCUCAUCUGCACACUGGCAGCCGGCAGCACUGUUUUCCUGGGAAAAGUGGGUCCAUUUGUGCAUCUCUCCACCAUGGUGGGAGCCUAUCUGAACCAACUCUGCACUGUUCUCCGUGGUGAGAAGGAGGAGAGAACUGAAGGAGCGAUGCUGGUCGUGGCUGCUGCUGUUGGAGUAGCCAGCUGCUUCGGGGCCCCUAUCAGUGGUGUGUUGUUUAGUGUGGAGGUGAUGAGCUCUCACUUCGCCCUAAAAGAUUACUGCCCAUGCUUCUUUGCGGCGGCCUGCGGAGCGCUCACCUUCCAUCUGCUCUCCAUGUGGAGCGGCGAGCAAGAGACUCUUCAGGCCUUGUUUCAAACCAGCUUCUCAGAAGACCUGCCGUUCUACCCAGUGGAGAUUCUGGUCUUUGCAAUAUUGGGGCUUCUGUGCGGAGCAGGUAGCUGUGUCUACCUAUUCUGUCACCGUUGGAUACUGCUGUUCAUAAAGACAAACAAAAUCCUAAUCAAAGUCUUGUCGACUGAGAAGGCCCUAUACUCCGCUAUGGUGGUGUUCCUUCUGGCAUCUGUGACUUUCCCUCUUUCUGCUGGUCAAUAUAUGGCUUCCAAGCUCACCAUUAAGCAGCUCCUCUCUUCCCUCCUGGACAGCAGGCAGUGGACCUCUCAAUCCCACAAUGCCUCUGUGGUUUUGCAGCCAAACUUGUGUCCCUGGUCAGAGUGGAUUCCUUCAGGGAAUCCAUACCUCACUCUGGGAUUCUUCCUAUUCAUGAAGCUGUGGAUGUUGGUGUUGGCUUGCACCUUACCCCUACCAGCCGGAUACUUUAUGCCUGUCUUUAUCUAUGGUGCUGCUAUAGGACGUUUAUUCGGGGAAGGAUUGGCAUUUGUGUCCCUAAAUGGUGUCUAUUUAGACCAGGACAGGAAUCCAAUCAACCCUGGAGGCUAUGCACUGGCUGGUGCAGCAGCAUUCUCAGGAGCGGUCACACACACGCUGUCCCCUGCUCUCCUGGCUCUGGAGCUGACCGGCCAGUCCACUCACGCCGCACCCAUUCUCCUCGCCACACUGGUGGCCAAUGCCCUGGCACGCUCUGGGCAGCGGCCAUCCUUCUACGAUGCCCUCUCCAUCAGCAAGAAGCUCCCGCACUUACCCUCCCUGCUCAAGGUCUGCCCAAGGCUCUCCUCUGUCCAAAUAGGGAAGGUCCUGGGUCCUGGAGGUCCAGUGCUUGAGAGGACAGCUGGGCCAACGGAGGUUCAGCAGGUUCUCAACACCUGCAGCCAGACACAAAUCCCUGUGGUUGACACACUGGACUCACGGAUUCUGCUGGGAUCAAUUAACAGAUCGGACUUGCAUACAUUUCUAUGCCACAACCACAAUAAGGUAUUGAAGAAACAGUUGGUGGAUAUGUGUUCUAUUCGGCCUGUUUCUGUCCAGCUCUCUCCUGAUACCACUGUCCAGGAGGCUCAUGGCGUCCUCAGUGUGCUGUGUGGCGAGAGCUUGUUUGUGACUGAAAGGGGGAGGCUAUCUGGUGUUGUCACAUGGCCAGAGAUGAAGAGAAUGAUGACAGAUUUGGCUGAUGACCUCUAAGCUAUUAUUUACUCCCAACAAGGACCUAUCCCUAACUACGCCAAAUAAUAUUGAUUCUCAUAAUGCUAAUAAUGAUACUUUGUCUUAAUUUUGUAAUGAUAAGCUUUUUGCUAAUCACCAAUGUUAUGUCCUGCUGGAGGAGAUGUAACUCCCUUGCGGUUUUGGACUAUCUUGUUUACUGACCCAGAGAUAUCUCUAAGGACACUGUGAUAUUCAAAGUAAUUACACAUCGUGCUCAAGAACAUCCCUUAGCCUUAGUGUGUUAUUUAUCAGGAUAUUGCAUGUGCUCUUAUGCCUUAUUGUGAGUUAAAGCAACUUCAACCAAUAGUGGAUUCUGUGAUGCCGCAAACAACUUCUCUUCUGCUUCAGGCCAUUAUUUUACUUAUCUGUUGCUUCCCUUCAGUCCUUUUUCACUUUGAGCAGAAGGACCCAUUGUUGUUGUACAGGUCUGAUUUAGGGCUAGAUUCUAUGAGAUCCACGGUAGCCGACACACACAUAGUGGUUGUUUUGGCGGUGUCGCAGGUGAAACUGUUAGAGCUGUCACAUCCACAAGCGGCUUCCGGCAUUAUACCUAAAGCGGACAUUGCCAUUGGCUAAAUGGAGUCGCAUUAAGAGAAAUCCCAUGCAGCCUUGUUUACCUGUUCGAACACUGGAAUGUGAGAUGUAAUCUACACCUCAAUUAGGCUGAUAGGAAUCCUUAUUAUUUUGUUGAAUGAUUUUCAAUGUGAUAUAUAGCCUACACUUUCUCAUUCUGAACUUCUAACGCGA